CCAUAGAUGCUGGAUCAUUUGUAACGACUGGCCGUCCUGCGCACCGCCCGCCGUCACAAGCUGACUUGGAGACGGAUAGGAAACCCCGCCGCAGACCCCGACCGCCGGCCUUCGCCACGACCCCGUUCCCGUCUUGUCCGUUUGCAGGUGUCGCCAAAGGAUUAAUGAGCCAAAAAGGCACCCAGGCUCCCCUUUGAGACUCGUUUCACCGUUUUUCGGCUUUCCGCCUGGACCGACUCACACCUUCCCUUUCAUAUUCGCUUCAUCCGAGGAUACCUGUACCUCUACCGAUGGAACAGGGUCACUCCGACGUUCUCCUGCGGCCCUCCAACACCACCUAACAUUUCCUGGAAGAACGUGUCCAUUGCCUGCUCCCAACAAACAUGGACUGUUUUCCCAUGCUUUAUUUUCUGUCGAGACAUCAUGAUUCCUGGUAAUCGAAUGCUGAUGGUCAUUUUAAUAUGCCAAGUCCUGCUGGGAGAGAGCAACCAUGCCAGUCUGAUACCUGAAGAAGGGAAAAAGAAAGUACCGGGCCUGCAGGGUCGUUCGGCCUCUCAGAGCCAUGAACUGCUGCGGGACUUUGAGGCCACGCUGCUGCACAUGUUUGGCCUCAAGAAGCGGCCGCGGCCCAGCCGAUCGGCCUCGGUGCCUCGGUACCUGCUGGACCUCUAUCGGCUGCAGUCAGGGGAGGCGGAGGAGGCCGGGGUGCACGACAUCGCUUUCGAGUACCCCGAGAGGUCAGCCAGCCGGGCCAACACUGUGAGGGGCUUCCACCACGAGGAGCACAUGGAGCGGGUGCACAAUCUGGACGAUGGAGAAACCGCCCCCCUUCGCUUCCUGUUCAACCUCAGCAGCAUCCCGGAGGACGAGCUGCUCUCUUCAGCCGAGCUCAGGCUCUACCGCCAUCAGAUCGACGAGGCCAUCGGCGGCGCCUCGUCAGACAACCAGGGGCUUCACCGGAUAAAUGUGUACGAGGUGCUGAAGCCCCCCCGGCCGGGCCAGCUCAUCACGCAGCUCUUGGACACGCGGCUCGUGCGGCACAACGCGUCGCGCUGGGAGAGCUUCGAUGUGAGCCCGGCGGUGCUGCGCUGGACUCGCGAGAGCCUCCCGAACCACGGGCUGGUGGUGGAGGUCCUGCACCUCAACCAGACGCCGCGCCACCAGGGCCGGCACGUCCGCGUCAGCCGCUCGCUGCACCGGGAGCCCGGCGAGGACUGGGAGCAGCUACGUCCCCUCCUGGUUACCUUUGGCCACGACGGGAAAGGUCACCCGCUGACCCGUCGGACCAAGCGCAGCCCCAAGCAGCGGGGCCGCAAGCGCAACCGCAACUGCCGGCGCCACGCGCUAUAUGUGGACUUCAGCGAUGUAGGCUGGAAUGACUGGAUAGUGGCGCCCCCUGGUUACCAGGCCUAUUACUGCCACGGGGAAUGUCCCUUUCCUCUGGCGGAUCAUCUGAACUCAACCAACCAUGCCAUUGUUCAGACGCUGGUGAACUCUGUGAACAACAACAUUCCCAAGGCCUGCUGCGUGCCCACAGAGCUCAGCGCCAUCUCCAUGCUCUACCUAGACGAACACGACAAGGUGGUCCUCAAAAACUACCAGGAAAUGGUAGUGGAGGGCUGCGGCUGCCGCUGACAAACAGACUAACGAGGACUUGGUCCUGUGCCACGAACAAAAAAGCAACGUGGACGGAAAAAAACAAACAAUCAGAAGGUCUUUACUCCCAAAAAUGUUCACUUGGACCCUUAUUUAUAACAUUUAUGUUGAGGUGUAUGUUUGUCUCACUUUUUCUUGUUUCUUUGACAAUAUGAUCAUAUAUUUUGACAAAAUAUAUAUAUUUAUAUCUACAUAUUAAAAAUAAAUUGAGUCCUUAUUUUAAACAUAAAAAGCUGUAGAACUUUUCAUAAUGUACAUUGGAUUGUAUACGUUUUUUAUUGAGAAAAUAGUAAAAACAGUCUAAAAAGUAAA